GUAGAUCUGAACAAUUUGAGAGAGAGAGAGAGAUGGCAUCUGUUGCUUUGACUUCUCUCAGUGCAACAAUGAAGUUGGAAUUUCUGCAACCCAAUAAUCCAAGGGUUUCUCUUGAUGAUGAAGCAUCCAUAUCAAUCAAUUCUUUGUUUGAAAAGCUUUCAUCUUUGCAAGCUUUUGUGCAAAAGAAAUCUGGGGGUGGCGCUGCAACCAGAGAAUUGGAGAUGAAGAUCAGAGACUUUGCACUGGAAGCCGAAGAUCGAAUCGAAAUACAACUAAGCAACUUUCUUUUGGCAAAAAACGGAGAGGAUCAACAAAAUGCUUCUCAGAAACUCCACCAGAUCUUGCGAGAAGUGGCAGAAAACGCAGCAGAGUUGCUGAAACUUUGCAGCAGCAUAAGCAAAGAAGCAGUGAAGAAUGAAAGUGAAGGAGCACUGAUUCCUUGGAUAAAAAAUUCUCUAGUGAUGAUUGAGGGGGGCACAAUGGUGGGUCGUCGCGGUGAUCAUAUGCUGAUAGUGGAUAAACUCGUCAAGGAUGAUCGCUGGGGGAAAUUUCAUCAGUUCAAAGUAAUCACAAUUCUUGGUAUGACCGGUAUAGGAAAAACAACUUUUGCUACAAGUGUCUAUAAUGACCCAAAGGUUGCAUCCCACUUUGAUGUACGAGCUUGGGUUACCAUGUCUGGGGAAUACAACAAGACCCAAACGAUACACGACCUUCUUUGGACACUAACAAAGGAGCCAAACAUUCCUGAUGAUGAUGAUGUAGCAGCUAGGCAGGUAUACAAUUUCUUGAGAGGUAAGAGGUUUCUAAUUCUUUUGGAUAACUUAUGCAACACUCAAGCUUGGAAUGAUAUAAGACGAUGUCUUCCGAUUGAAUAUGAUAAGAGAAGUCGUGUAGUGCAAACCACUACGCAUUUAAGGAGUGAUUACCUUUAUAUCAGUUUGAAUUUCGGUUUGGAAGAUUGGCCCUCAAGUUUCUAUGUCUAUCACAUGCCUUUGUUAAAUCCAGAUGAGAGUUGGGAUUUAUUUUGCAAUAAUCCCUUUUUGAAACGACAUACGGCAUCUAAAUUUGAAAAAAUUAGGAGCCAAGUUAUAGAGGUAUGUGAAGGAUUGCCACACUCAAUUCUUGUAGUUGCAAAGCGUCUAUCUAAGUGUGACAACAUACAAGAAGAAUGGAAGAAGGUUGAAAAGGAAAUAGAGUUGCUUGGAGUUCUAGAUAAGAGGGCAUUGACCCACACUUAUAAUCAAUUACCGCAACAUUUGAAAGUUUGCUUUCUAUAUUUUGGAGUUUUUCCAAAACGUAGUGCAAUCAAAGUGAAAUUACUUAUUAGGUUAUGGAUUGAUGAGGGAUUUAUUGAGCCUUUGGAGAAUAAGCGGCUAGAAAAUCAAGCUUAUGAGUAUCUAGAAGAAUUUAUUGAUAGAAGUCUUGUUCUAAUUGACAAUUGGAGUUUUGGUAAAAAAGUUAAGAAUUGUAGGAUGCAUAGUGCCUUGCAUAGCUUUUGCGAUGCUGGUAUAUAUGUAUCUUUCAAGUUGCUUAGAGUUUUGGCUUUUGUUCCAUCUUCGUUUCUUCAAAGAGCACCAACACGCUUACAAGAUUUAGUUUUUUUGAGACACCUAUGUGUACCUAAAUGGUUUGAGGGUCUUGAGUAUGUAGUGUUAACCAAUCGAAACUUGCAGACACUUAUUGUUUCUAGUAAAGAAUCUCAACUUAGAAAACCUGCUAUCCAUUUGCCUUCAACAAUUUGGGACUCACCGCAAUUACAACAUCUUGAAUUUCACAAUUCAUAUGUCAUUGAUCCUCCAACCCAUGUUCAAGUUAAUAUGCAAACAUUAUCUUGGGUGUGCUCAACUCAUUGUACGACAGGAGCAUAUCACUUCUGGUUUCCAAUCAUUGAGAAAUUGAAAAUGUUUGUAUUUGGCAGCAAUCCUAUUAUAUUGGAUAAUCUUGAAUAUUUGAUAUGUCUUGAGAGACUAUCAAUUUCAGUUUUGUUUGGUUGCAUUUCAACCCGUCCAAUGACAUGUACAUUUCCUUUGCAUCUAAGGAAGUUGAGGUUGAACGGUACUAUGCUUACAAAUUGGGGUUUAAAGGCAAUUGAAAGGUUGCCUAAACUUGAGAUUCUCAAAUUGAAAAAUGUCUUUUAUGAAAAAGUAUGGAAAGUAGAAAGUGAAAGAUUUUGUCAAUUAAAAUUCUUGCUUCUCGAAGAUAAAACGCUCAAGCAAUGGAUGGUCAUCGAUAGUAGUUUUUCCUUCCCAUGUCUUAAGCACUUAGUCUUAAGAUUUUGUUAUUGUUUGAAAGAAAUCCCUGUGGAUAUGGAAGAUAUUCCACUGCUGGAAAUUUGCUAUUUUCCGACCACCGAAAAGUGGUCGAAAAUAGCCUUAAUUAGGUCAGAAACGCCUAUUCCGACCUCUAUUCCGACCAAUUUGAGUAUUCGGAAACAUCCCCCUAGCUAUUUCCAACCACCAGAGAGAGUGGUCGGAAAGAGUAACCACUUUUCUAAAGCCGUCGGAAAAAAUGGCCAAGAGAAUAGUUAG